AUGACAGAUACCAGCGCACAACAGGCCGAAAGCCACUAUUUUGCCAACGAGCCACCACCGAAAGAUCUCAAGACCAACACGACUCUUGCGCGUGAGUUCAUUACGCGCCAUGCCGAUGAAGGUCGCCGCGUCGUGCUUGUUACCUCGGGUGGCACCACGGUACCUCUAGAGCAGCAGACAGUCCGCUACAUCGACAACUUCUCUGCCGGUACUCGGGGAGCCACCAGCGCCGAAUACUUUCUCCAGAAUGGCUAUGCCGUCAUCUUCCUGCACCGCCAAUUCUCGCUCCUACCCUUCUCGCGGCACUACUCGCAUAACACGCGCUCAUUCCUGGACUACAUGAAGGAGGAGAAUGGACAGGUAGUGGUAGAUCAACAGCAUCAGGAUCAGAUGUUGCGCGUGCUGCGGCAGUAUACCGAGGUCAAGCGAGAGAACAGGCUUUUGAUCUUGUCCUACGUGACUAUCACUGAGUACCUGUGGAAUCUGCGCGAGGUUGCGCAGCUCAUGCGUCCACUCGGGCCCAACGCCAUGUUCUACUUGGCCGCUGCUGUCUCCGACUUCUUCGUACCACAAGAUCGCAUGGUCGAGCACAAGAUACAGUCGAAUGAAGAGUUCCACCAGGGCGCAGACGGCACUCGUGGGGGCGAUGUAAAGCCACCAGCCGCGCGCACCGAAGGCAGGAGCUUGAUCAUCGAUCUCGAACCUGUCCCCAAAUUCCUUAAACAGCUCGUGGAUGGCUGGGCGCCCGACGCCAUGAUCGUAAGCUUCAAGCUCGAGACUGAUCCUUCCUUGCUGGUUACCAAAGCCAAAUACGCACUAAACAAAUACUCACACCACCUCGUCAUCGGAAACCUGUUGCUCACUCGAAAGUGGGAAGUUGUAUUCGUGUCAGUCCUCGAUGGCGAGAAGUGGAUACGCGUACCUACCAGCCGCAGGACAAAAAGUUUGUCGGGCAUGCCUUCGCUUGUCGGAUUAGCCGAUCCCUUGACGAACAAGGACGCUCAGGCUAGUGAGUCCAUCGCUACAGAGAAAGGGAUACCGCAGGGUGAGCCAUCGUUGGAAAUCGAAUCUCUCAUCAUUCCCGAGAUUGAGAAGAUGCACACCAAACUCAUAGAGCAAGCAAAAGCAAAAGCUCAAACUACAUAG